CAAUUGGUUGAAUAUGUGCGACCUUGGAAUCCGUCAAGACGAGAGUCGUCUGUGGCUAAUUCCGUCACCGUCUCGUCGAACACCAAACAAAUCUCAAUCACACAGUGAUCUCUUGAGAGAGAGAUGUUGGAAUUCCAUUGCUGUUAUCCUAAUUGGUAGCUUCCGCAAAUGGGCAGUGCCGACGUGAUUGGACAACUGCUCCAAUUCGAUGUUGAAGACACUAUAUUUGUUGCGGUGGGCACCGAUGUCGACGACGCUGAAGCUACUCUUAUUUGGGCUGUCCAAAACUUCACCGGCAAGAGUUUCUGUCUGCUUCAUGUUCAUCACCUUGCUCCCAAAAAUGAAGAGCCAUCUUCCUAUACACUAAAAGAACAUAUAGACAAGGCAUUCGAGGAACCCGAAAGGCAAAAGCCUUUUGAACUUCUUAAUCAAUAUGUUCUCAUUCUUGCCAAACUGGGGGUACAAGCCCAAAAAGUAUGGAUUGAGACGAACAACGUUGAGAGAGGGAUUGUUGAAAUUAUUGCUCAGUACGGUAUUAAAUGGCUAGUCAUGGGCUUAGACACAGAAAGAUACAAUAUGAACUCAACAACAAAUGGUGGUGGGAGAUUCAAACAUCCAACCUUUUGGUGUCUAGACCAGAGGUCCAUAGGAUUGAAGUCCAAGAAAGCUUUCUAUGUAUCCCAGCAAGCACCAAUAUGUUGCGAUAUAUGGUUUGUCUGCAGAGGACGCCUUAUAUACUCGAGGCAGGGCAGAAUGGGAAGAUUCAAUCCAUUGCCGCUGGAAAAUUUGGAAAUAGGAAUCAACCAUACCAACCGUCUGAGACCAGAAUCUGUGACUUGUAAGAACUUUGCAGAUGCUCAAGAAAAGGAGAAUGCGUGUGAUAGGAUAAGCAGGUUUAGAUAUCAAGAUUUGGUGGAUAAAAAUUGUUCCAAUAAUGGAGACCUGGGUACUUCAAGGACAACGCUAUUGUUAAAGAAUGAGGGAGUAAAAGGUGGACAUCCAGUUAGCCAGAGUGGUUUGCAAGAAGAAGGCUUGAUGAAUGUUAAGUCCAUACAAGACUUUGAGGAAGUGAAGGCUUGGGUAGAGGAAGAUGUUGUGGGUGCUGAACUCAAGGCUAAAUCAUCAGAAAGCUCGUGUAUGGAGGAGGUGAAGAAAAGAAGAGAGAUGGAAGAACUUUUAGAGAGAGAGAAAAAGGAAGUAGAACGAAUGAACAAAGAGCAUGAUGAGCUUUUGAAAGAACUACAACAUGUCCAAGAGCAGAAAUCAUUACUUGAGAGAAAAGCUUCGGAGUACCAGUGUGAGGUGGAGGAGUUGGAGAAGAAGAUGUUUGCAGCUAUUGACCUCUUAGUAAGUUUUAAGGAAAAACGAGAUAAGUUGCAGAUAGAGCAUGAAGGUGCAGUGGACAAGCUUCGCAAGCUGAAGAAUAUUGUUAAAAAGGAACCUUCACGCUAUCGCAGUGCAGAAAUGCCUACAUUCUCCUUUAUGGAAAUAAUUGAAGCAACGAGAAACUUUGACCCUUCCUGGAAGAUUGGUGAGGGAAGACAUGGUAAUGUUUAUAAAGGCCUCCUCCGUCACAUGGAUGUUGCUCUAAAAAUGUUUCCUUCGUAUGGUUCUCAUUCCCAAUCAACGUUCCAAUACGAGGUUGAGGUCUUGAGUAGGGUCAGGCAUCCCAACCUGGUUUCGAUUAUUGGAGCAUGUCCAGAAUCUAGGUUAAUAGUGUAUGAGAAUUUGAAAAAUGGAAGCUUGGAAGACCACCUUUCCUACAAAAAUCACAAUCGCCCACUUUCAUGGCAGAUACGGAUUCGCAUUGCUGCUGAUAUCUGCUCAGCCCUUAUAUUUCUACAUUACAGCAACCCUUGCAUUGUCCAUGGAGAUAUAAAACCAAGCAAAAUCCUACUUGAUGCCAAUUUUAUUGCCAAACUAGGUGGCCUGGGCAUCUCUCGUUUGAUCCCCCAAGAAGAGAAGGUGGCAUCAGUAUGUAAUAUGUCGAAAGAAGAUAAUCCAUAUAUAGAUCCCGAGUAUCUUGAGACUGGAAGGUUCGCUCCAGAAUCAGACGUCUACUCUCUUGGUGUUAUUUUGCUGCGAAUUUUAACUGCCAGAGCACCUCCGGGAAUUGUAAAAGAUGUAAAAUGUGCCCUAGAAAAUGACGAGAUUGGUGCCAUUCUGGACUCAUCAGCUGGAGACUGGCCACAUGAUCUAGCAGAGCAAUUAGCUCUUGUGGCAUUGAGGUGCUGUGAGAAGGAAAAGUUGGAUCGGCCUGACCUUGUCUCAGAAUUAUGGAGUGUUUUGGAGCCAAUGAGAUCCAUUGCCUCAGCAUCAUGUUCAAGUUUGAAAAAACACGCUCGAGUGCCUGCCCAUUUUACGUGUCCCAUUUUUCAGGAAAUUAUGAAAGAUCCACUCAUUGCUGCAGAUGGAUUCACAUACGAAGCUGACGCAAUAAGAGGAUGGUUCAAAAGUGGCCACAACACUUCUCCGAUGACAAAUCUUAAACUUGAGCACUGUAAUCUUGUGCCAAAUUAUGCUCUUUUGAAUGCAAUUCAAGAGUGGCAGCAUCAGCUAUGACAACUUUGGUUUGGCUUCCUUUGCACCUUCACCUUCCAGAAAAGAAUACAAACUGGUAAGGCUUGGUACAAAAGCUGUCCCAUAAUAACAGUUCAUACAUGUUAUUUACAUAUGCCUAUAUAUUUCCUUCGAUGUACAGAACAUUAUUAUAGACCUAAAUAAAUCAUAGUCAUACUGCUGAUUUAAAGUCUAAUGUUAAUAGAAUCAAAACCAUGCUGGUCAAAACGCUUUUAUCUUA